AAACAUAGUUGAGAUGCGAAAAGAUCUACAGCCUUAUGGUAGUUUAAUGGCACCCGGCGUAGAAAUGCACUGUUUGUUCGGCAAUAGUGAUGAUGGUGUUUUUGAAAGUUUGAAUUUUGGCAAGGGAUUGAAUGCAAACCCGAUUGAAGUCAAAGGUGAAGGCGACGGAACAGUGAAUCGACGUUCAUUGAUUGGGUGUAAUUACUGGCAAAAUACACCGGCUCAAUUUGGCUAUGCAAUUCAUCAACAAGAGAUUCCCGAUGCGGAACAUUAUGAUAUUCUUAGUGACUCCAGACUUAUUGACUACAUUACGAGAACACUUUGCGGUGUGACCGGCUAUACAGAAGUCAGACGAAAAAAUAAAACUCACAAAAACAACAAAAUUAUGAGAAUUCGUCUCUUUUAGGAAAAAAAAUGUUUAUAUAUAUCACAAAAACCUUAUUAUUGUAAAAGAAAUUUUUAUUGUUUAUGUCAUUUUACAGUUUAUUUUAAAUUAUCGUACCUAAUCACUUGUCAAAAGAUUUCAUUGUAAAAUAUGUUGAUUUUAUCGAUUUUUGCUCGUUCUGCCAAUCAAAUAAAUUCCAUUUUUAAUGUAAAA